AUGGCUGCGCUCCACACAUCUCCUGUUGAUCCCUUUUAGACCUUCAGGUACCUCCUUCAACACAUGGAGUGACAAUGAUGACUCGAAGUGUGGCCAUAAUCAACAUUCAGCAGAGAUUCGACCACCUCUAGCUUGAAGUCAUUUAGCCUGACAUUCUUCACGACAUCUUUGUACAGCUUCCAAGCGUUCACAACAGCUGUUUGCGUAAUUAAGUGGAAAAAACCUCUUGUACCACUUCAUGGUUCUGCACACAAAUGGCGUGUAUGAUGCCAUCUGAUCAGCCAGGUCGACGAAACCCUUCAUUUCAUUGUAGUCACCCACGACUUCCGGUUUCCGAGACGUUCACACCGCUGCAUUAGGUUUUGUAGAGACCACAUACAGGUCCCUUUUAUCUCUCAAUUUGAGCACAAGCAUUCCAUUCGACAGAGCCAGGCGGCUAGUGGCGCACGACUUGUCCGCUCUCUCUUAGAGAGGCAAUGUAAAUUCACAUAUUCCAAGUUUCACCAAUAACAAGCGAUGAGUCUUAUUACCCUUAGUCCUCCCUUUCUACAGCCCUCUAGGCCUCUAGGUAGCAAUUUGCUACCUUUGCUUUACAAGUGAAUCAAAGCUGUUUCUAUUUCGCGUAGAGGGAGCAGACAAGCUAGCAGGGCACCCCCUGUCGGCUACUCUCUUCAUUAACCAACGUAAUAAACUUUUGAUGUUGCCUCUCGAUGGUUUAAAUCGCAGAAGGUUCUGCUAAUCAGGUAUUGUAAUAAAUUGCAACAUAUUAUUCAAGAAAAUGAAAACUUCAUCAAAACGAAAAAUAUCCUAAAUUUUGACCCAGAAACUUCCCAACACCUGCAAGCUCUCGCCCUGCAGUUACAUUCACGACUAGUCCAAGAAACCUUAUCCGCCUUCACAGCCUCAGUUGACUCAUUAAUUGAGUCACUAACUGAUGAGCAAGAAGCGCAGGCUCAUGAACAUAUUGAGACGGCGCAUACGAUACUGGAGGAAGCACAACUUGCUGCCGUCGAUAUAGAAGCGAGGCGUUUGAGCACCCGUGAUCACGAACAUUUAUUAUACCUAUGGCAACAAGUGGUUUGA